GUAAAAUUGAGCAAAUUUCCAUCACAAAAUCAACCAAGUGAGACAUAAACGAUCUCUAUAACCGAGUGCAUCUUAUGAAUAGCAAUUGAGAUUUGUUUACACUCGGUGGUCAGCCUUUGUUGACUGCAAAAUCCUUUAAUUCGUGCACUAUGGCUCAAAUUCAUUUGCAACUGCAUAGGGGCUUGAAUAAAUCUAAAUCGGAUCUAGUAACCUGUGACUGUACGGCGUAGUGUGGGAUGGAGAUGGGCUUGGGCUUCAGGUUCAAGGGCAUUAUGAAAGCAACGCAAAAAUAAAACUUAACUCAGCCCAAUGCGUUCGCUCACAUAAUAACCCCCUUAAGUCCCCCACAAAAGCGCGAGUAAAAUGAAGAAAAAGUGUCAAAUUGAUUUCAAUUAUAAUUGAAUCAACGAGCGGCGAAAGAAAUACCCGAGAAAGUUAACGAACGGCCACGAAGAUCGUCUGGGGAAUCGCCAUUUCCACGGCUCGCUGGCGGCGCAGUUUUCCAAAAUGGCCGGCGGCGGACUGUCAUAACGGGUAAAAAGGCGAAUCGCACUUCCGGGCCGUCGAAAUCAACAAAGGCUCGCCGUCGCUUCGCCGAACGCUCUAUUUAAAGACUAACACAUUUUUGCACAUGCAAAUGUGUAUAAAAAACGUAUUAAUUGAUUAGCCGAUUUCCAGUAAUUCACACAAUGCGGCAAAAGUGGCAACAAACUUGUAAUCACACGGGGGCGUUUUUAAACAAAUAUUUGAUUGGUUUGUUAGCGUGUUUAGACCUCGCAGACUCCAGUCUGAAACCGAAACCACUACACAGACAAAAAAAUCGUUUGGUAAUAGCUUUACAACAUUGUGACAAAAUAUUUUCUCUGUUUCAAAUAGUUUUCUUUAAGAUAACUCUGCUUUACCUUUAAAAUGUUUGUUAAUUCGUAUUUUUGAUUUGACCAUUUCAAAUUUUUUUACUGUGCAGCAAAUUCCUAAUGAUUAAAAAACUGGUUUUUAAACUACGCACAGAUUUUGAUUAAUUUGCUCGCAUAAUUUGAGCCAGCUCAAUUUGGCUGAAGUUUUUUGUCGUUAGCUUAUUUAUCGCCAAAGCUGUUUAAUCAGUCAGCGGAUUUUGUUUUGCCUAAUCAAAGAAAGUUUCUCAUGCGUUGUCGCCAGGCAAACAGAAACUCUUCUUUUUUGCUUUUGUUUUUAUUUUGCAAACAAGUUUGAAAGAUUCCCAGAAUCGCUCGAGAAUUGUUGACAGAAAUGCGAUGCCAAAAGUAAUGGAACCUAAACAAGCUUAACGCUUGGCUAGCUAAUUUAAUCUAAUGUGACACCGUAACUCUCUAGAUUCCUGGCAGUCGUUCCCCUGCAAUUACAUAACCGGGUGGAAAAGCUGAGGAAAUACAAAACUAUUACCAAUAAGCACUCUAGACAUUUGUUUUUAACCAAAACAGAUGUUUGCGAAUUUGUAUAGUACAAAUUUUGGAUUAGCGGAAUUUGUAUACACCUUAAAUAUUAAAUAAAUAUAUAAAUGAGAUUUGUCUAAAAAUAGCCUAAAACCAACAUUAAGUGAAAAUUUUUUAGUUUAAAAAAAAAAAAAAAAAGCUUCAGCUUAUGUUAAGCCCUAUACAAAUUUUGUUAGAUUUUCAAAUUAUUCACUCCUUGCCCUCGGAAUUAUCAUGCACAGUGAAUGAUUCUGACGUUGACAUAAAUUGUAAAUAAUACGAACAAACAAAAUAAAGAAAAAAUAAUCAAAUAGAACAUGGAAGUGUCUAAGGAGGGGCUAAUCCAUAGGUAUAAACGUAACUUGUUAUCUUCUAUAACCCAGAGACCAGAAGCUAUUUUUAGAAGAUACUAAAUACUAAAUACUAAAUUUAUGCAAGACUAUUAAUAAAAUAUGUUGAAAUAAAAACAAAAUUAUUUGGAUCACACCCUGAUCUGGUUAGGAACAACAAUAUAUCUAAAUAAAGGUAUAAUUAUAUACUUUUCUAAAACCCCCAUUGUAAAGAACAGUCAGAACCAGUAGCAUUUUAAGAUAAAUCCCCAUAUAGUCUGGCGAUAAUGCUUAUGGUUGUGAUGGGCUUAUCGCUGCGUCAGAUGGAAAGCGCUUAGAUAACUGCGGCCGCGAGUGUCGCAUCCAACGCACGAAGAGCUAUCUUAGCCGGAGUCCAUCUAUCCAGCCAGUUGGGGAAAGUCACUCAGUCAGUUGGAGGAGUACUCCAAAGAAAAAGUGACGCGAAAAUUAUUAUUUGUGCAGAUAUUGGGGUUGUGGGUGUGCAGAUCCGAAAAAGCUGAAGUCUAUUUGGCAUCGCUCAGCGGGACUGUUUAGAUAGAUAACUCUGGGAAACCUCGGUGCAUAAACAUCUCAUCCAACUAUCGUUGCAGGCUAUCAAAAAGUCAACCAGUCGUUGAAAUUGGGCUAUAAAUUCGCUCUCCGCCGGCGUGUGAUAUUGGAAAGUAACUUUUUCGCAUAUUUAUUGGCCAUUGCAGGCGGCGGUGACAAAAACCUAAGUUGCAUUUGCUUCGGGUUUUUUGCGCAUAUUUGCGCGUUUUAAUUGCAACAAGCAAGAAAGCAGCAGCAUUGACACCGGCGACGAUAGCAGCAGCAACUUCUGGCCGUCACCAUGGAGAAUCUUGGCUAUAAGGAGGGCAGUACGAAACCCCGCCGCAUGACACGUUCGAUCAGCGUCGUUACCAAGACCGAAGUGGAACAGCCACUCACGGAGAAUAAUGCAAAUAACCGUUUCAAAUCGAUUCCACCCAACUUGAUGGUGCGAUGGCGGAACAACACUGACGCCAUGAUCGAAGCCCAGUACCCGACCGCCGGAGAAUUCGAAUACAUGGAGUGUGGACCGUCGCCGCCGGCGGAGAGUGCGCCGAGCAUGUACGAUAGCUUCGAGGAGCCGACCAGCGAGCUGAGCGUCCAGAUAUGCAACGACACGCUGCGGAUCAGCCUGAUCGACCAGAUGAAGAGCGCCGCGGGUCGCGUCAAGCUCUUCGAGGACAUCGAGCAGAGCAACGUGGUGGCCGAGGGCAUCCGGGCGCACUUCGAGUCCGCCUCGAAGCUGGAGAAGAAUCUCAGCUACCUGUGGGCCGCCUACCUCAAGCGCUGGGACCUGAUCGAGAGCCUGCUGGAGGCGGGCGCCGACCUCCACUUCUGCGACCAGAACGGCAUAUCUGCCCUCCACCUGAGCGCCUUCAGUGGCUGCUUGGCCACCUUGGGUCUCCUGGUGGCCAAGGGAUUGAACGUCAAUCUGCAGUCCAAGUGCUACACCCCUCUGCAUUGUGCGGCCUUUGGAAAUGCAGCGGAGGCGGCCAAGUUUCUGAUCAACAACGGAGCGGAGAUAUCCAAGGAUACCAACAAACCAAACUGCGAGGAGAGCCUGCUGCACUGCGCCGUGCGAUCGAAUGCUUUGGAGUGCCUGCAGAUCUUCAUCGGCGAAGGCGCCGAUGUCAACUCGCUCAAACCGAACGGCACCAAUGCCAUUCACCUGGCCGCCGACCUGGGCAACCUGCAGUGCUUGGAGGCCUUGCUGAAUGCUCCCAACGCGGACGCCAAUGUGCGCAUCUGCAUCCGGGAAAAGGAGUCCACCGCUCUGCAUCUGGCAGCGGAUGAGGGCAACGUGGAGUGCGUGGACCUACUGCUGGCCAAGGGUGCGGAUGCCAAGUUGAAGAACCACCGAGGUUUCACGCCCCUCCACCUGGCAGCCAGAACCUCCAGUCUGGAUUGCGUGGAGUCCCUUUUGAGGAACGGCAAUGCGGACGCCAACGCCGAGGACUUCGAUCACCGAACUCCUCUCCACGCGGCAGUGGGAAAGUCCGAGAAUGCCUACGACAUCAUGGAGACCCUCAUCCAGUGGGGGGCCAAUGUCAACCACAAGGAUAUCUAUGGGUUCACGGCUCUCCACCUGGCUGCACUGGAUGGCCUGGUGCAGUGCGUAGAAAUGCUGAUAUUUCACGGGGCGGAUGUGACCACCAAGUCGAAGAAGGGCACUUCGGCGCUGAACGUGAUCACCCGGAAGACUCCGGCUUCGGUGGCCAUGAUCAGACAAAAACUGGACGCGGCCAUUACGCUGCAUCAUUCGCAGGACCCCGUCAAUCGCGAAGUGGAACUGGAGCUGGACUUCCGUCAGCUGCUGCAGCACUGUCAUCCGCGCGAGAUCAGCUACCUGAACACGUUCGUCGACGAGGGUCAGAAGGAGAUUCUGGAGCACCCGCUCUGUUCCUCGUUUCUGUACAUCAAGUGGGGCAAGAUCCGCAAGUACUACAUCGGCAGGCUGAUCUUCUGCUUCAGCUUCGUGCUCUUCCUCACGCUCUACGUGCUGACAGCUCUGGCCCACAACUGCUACAAUGGCAGCAAGAACGAUAACACCACGAUUCCGGCACAGGAGCUCUGCCAGAAGCAGUCCAUCCUGGGAGACAUGCUGCGGAACAACCCCUUCGUGAUGGAGAUGCAGUGGUGGGUUCUGGUCGCGAUCACCAUAGUGGAGAUAUUCAGAAAGCUGUACGGGAUCACGGGCUACUCGUCAUUUAGGCACUAUGUGACGCAGGUGGAGAACAUCAUGGAGUGGUUCGUGAUCACCAGCGUGUUUGUUAUAUCCUAUAUCUACACGAACAAGACGUACACGUUCCAAAACCACAUAGGCGCCUUUGCCGUGCUGCUCGGUUGGACGAACCUGAUGUUAAUGAUCGGCCAGCUUCCGGUCUUCGAUGUCUAUGUGGCCAUGUACACCAGAGUCCAGGGAGAGUUCGCCAAGCUAUUCAUGGCCUACUCCUGCAUGCUGAUUGGGUUCACCAUCAGUUUCUGCGUCAUCUUUCCCUCGUCGUCGUCAUUUGCCAAUCCUUUCAUGGGUUUCAUAACAGUCCUGGUAAUGAUGAUUGGUGAACAGGAUCUGUCGCUACUGAUCAACGAUCCCGAGGGCAAGGAUCCCCCCUUCUUGCUGGAAGUCAGUGCACAAAUCACCUUUGUGCUCUUUCUGCUGUUCGUGACCAUCAUCCUAAUGAACUUGCUGGUGGGCAUAGCAGUCCAUGAUAUCCAGGGCUUAAAGAAGACCGCCGGAUUGUCCAAACUAGUGCGACAGACCAAGCUGAUCAGCUACAUUGAGUCGGCGUUGUUCAAUGGCUACCUGCCCACCUGGCUAAGGAACCUGCUGCACUACACAGCGUUGGUUUCUCCACAGGCUUACAGGGUGGUUCUAUGUGUCAAGCCACUUAAUCCCAGCGAAAAGCGAUUGCCUAGAGACAUUCUAAUGAAGGCCUACGAAGUCGGCAAGAUGCGAAAGCAUUUCGGACAUACGGUGUCCUCGAAAAAUUCAGCCGAGAACUAUUUGUCGUACAAGAACAAGUACAACAAUAAUAAUGGCGCUACUACGGGAUAUGUUCUACCCGAUCCAGAUCCGGAUGCAGGCCAAUUCAACACACUAACCACCAAGAUCGAUGACAAUGCUGAUCGGAUUGAGUUCCUCACCCAGGAGAUCCAGGAGCUGAAGCAGGCGCUCAUAUCGCAGCAGCAGCAGGCCAGCAAAGUCAUCGACAAGCUGCUGAUUGUGAUUUCCAAUCAGCAGAAGCAGAAUCUGCGCAAGUAGCAUGCAUUUAGUGCACUCCUUUCGGAAUAUUUUUAGAUCAGAUUUAGAUGCUUCCUAGGCGUAAGGUGGGUCGUUCAGAUCCCAAAACCAAUCCAGAACAUUGUUGAUAUUAUCGUAGCAGCGAGUUGUAGUUAAACCAAUUUUGAUAUCGAUGCGCCAGGCGCCCUAUACAUACGCUAUAUAGCCAUAUACCACACCAUACUACACUAUUAUCGAUAUAAAUACUAUAAAUAGCAGUUAGUAGUUAAAUUAGAGGCGAGCAGUUGGCAGGAUUGAUUUGUGGCUGGUUUCAGGCUGUGUCUUUGUUGUUUUGGCGUUGUCGUCAGAGAAUCGUUUAUAUAGUAAUUUAAUGCAAAUUUUUAUUCUUAAUAAAAUGUAUGCUUUAUAUAUUGUUAUGAA